AUGGCUCCUACAGUUCAGCAGCCCACCACACACAUCCCGGAGACCGAGGUUCCUCGUAUCGAUGGAGGUACCUGGAAGCGAGUUCAGCAGGGAACCUGGACCCGGCCAUGCUCCGGAGGCGAGACUGGAGUCUCAUACAACCAAAAUGUCCGUGAUGGACACACUGAGCUAUCCAUCCAGAUUCCCUUCAACAUCGAUCUUUCAACCAGCGAAUUGAUUCAGCGCUUCCGCAACGCAUGGCUCGUCUCGCACUCGAGAACUCCAGAGAUUGCCGUCCAGCUCUCGACAGGCACCGAGCUUCCCCAGAUGAUGAAGUACGAAGUGCUUCACACCGAUGCUGAAGCUGCCCAGUGGAUGCAAGAGACCUUCCGGGUGGUCACUGACCAGUCCGCUGCCGAUGUGGUCAACAUGACGUACAGCCGUCGUCUGCCCACCAAGGGAAAGCGCAACAUGAUGUACCUGGUCACCGGACCUCACGCGGACCCCGAGAACCCUACUCAACACACACUUGUCUGGAACUUAAGCCACGCGGUUGCCGAUGUCUACAGCAUCGUGCAAUUCGUCAACCAAUUUUUGAAGGCUGUUACCCAGGUCGCUGGCGACCGGGACUACUCAGUCAGCCAGAUUGAUUACUCUGGCGUGCUUGACCGUUUGCCGAUCAGUCCUUUGACUCCUUACCAGGAGCAGUACAAGCCCAACAGGGAGCAGAUCCAGAAGGCGAUCGCCGAGGCUGCCCGUCAGGGUGACUUGUAUACUUCCAAGAUCGGUCAAUCCGUCGCCAUGUACCCUGAAGAGGACAUUGCGGAGCGCGAACACAAAACCCACUGCAUUCGCCUCCAGUACUCGCUUGAACAAUCCCGGGCUCUUCUUGCUCAGCUCCGCGAAGAGAAGCUCAGCAUCACCUUCGCCACUGCGGCCGCGACAGUUCUGGCAGUCAAGCAAACCUACGCCAAGGGCCACGAGACCGGUGCCCUCCUCGGUAUGACCCGCAACGCUCGUCGCUGGGUAGACACCAAUGGCAAGUCUGGCGGUAAGAUUCCCGCUGCGGCCGACUGUGUCUUCCUCUGGAUUCCCUUCGAGCAGCACUGGUUCCAGGGCUCGACCCGGGACUCUGUCCUUCACAUUGCCCGGGCCAUCAGAAAGGAGCUUGGUCCUCACCUUGUUUCCCCGCACUACAUUUCCAGCAUGAACUUCACAUCUGCCCGGGCUGUGGAAGGUCUUGCUGCCGCGACAGAGCCCUCCGCCGCACCUUGUGCACCUGGAUUCUCGCCCCAGGGUGCUUUGGGGCUCGAACGCCAGUUCAAAUCCCCAACUGCUUCUCUUGAGGUGCAUGACUUUAUUCAUACCGGUCGUCAGAUCAACGAUUCCGCUUGGGUGGGUAUGUUCUCCCUGUGGGAUCGGAUCACUCUGUCCAUUGGCUUUGAUGGCAAGUAUUAUGAUCCCGCCGGCAUGGACACUUUCAUGGCAUUGACCAAGUCGAACCUGGCUUCGCUCAUCCCGCGCCGCUUCAAGAGAGGCGUUACUUCUAGACUGUGA